AUGGAGGCGGGGCCUAGCUCAGGCGCAGACAACAACCAACACGACGACGAUGAUCCCUUGUUGGAGCAGAUGAAUAUUAUAAGGGGAUACAUCAAGGAAGCCAGGAAGGAGCUUAGGUUUGAAGAGGUUGGUAUUAAAUUAGUGAUGAUACAAAUGGAGCGCGAGCGCAUGGCGCGUGAACCAGUUUUGGAGGCGGGGCCUAGCUCAGGCGCAGACAACAACCAACACGACGACGAUGAUCCCUUGUUGGAGCAGAUGAAUAUUAUAAGGGGAUACAUCAAGGAAGCCAGGAAGGAGCUUAGGUUUGAAGAGGUGGCGAUAUUAGAAGCGAAUCUGAAAGAACUGAAAAAAGAAUAUCAAUUCCAGAAACUCUCAAGCAAAUCCUAGUCAUUUCAAGAUUAUUAUGUAAGCUUUAGCAAAUAUUUUUUAAAUAUUUACUU